CUCGGACAAUUUGUCAAGGAAAAUGAAGAUAAGAAGAUUAGGCCGAAAAACAAGGGGGUAUCCUCCAGGAUGGACAAACGAGCCAAACGGAGCAUUCGUGCGAAGGGAAGCUGGAAAGCUGUGGAGCUUGAUCCCAGUCUGUUUUCAGAGGAAGGUUUGGAGGGUUUGGUUUGUUUUGAAGAGCUCACAGAUUACCGUCUGGUUGACUCCGAGAAGGCUGCAGCUGACGCAGCAAAAGAACUGACAAAGGAGCAAGAGAAGAAGAAGAAGAAUGAAAGCUAAGAAAAGGAAAGCUAAGGAAGGAGACGACGGCUGGAGAAGAGGUUAAUGUGGAGGUUUACAGAGGUGGAGGAGAAGGCUGAACCUGCAGAGAAAAAGCCAAAAGAGAAGAACAAGAAACUGUCUGCUGAUGAUUCAGUGCAACCAGGUGCAUCUGCAGAAGACACACAGGAAAUUGAAAGUGAGGCUGCAGGUGAGGAAGAAGAGGUAGAAGACACAGUUGAUAAAAACACAAGUAGCCCAGAACCUGAUGCCCAAUCCCAAAAAAGCAAAAAGAGCAACAAAAAGAAGAAGAAGAGAAACAGAGACUGCAGAUAGAGAAGGAUCAAACACCAGAGGCUGGAGUCGAAUGAGGAGUCACCAUCAGAGCUUCAGGUUGUGGACGAGGACAAACCAACCCACGACAAAGUGACGAAAGCCCCAGAAAAACAGGCAAAGAAUUGGACAAAUGCAGCCCUCUCUGGCUCUCAUGACAAAAACACUGAUGUUGGUGCAUGGAAGGAUCUGUUUGUUCCCUCUCCGGUGCUAAAAGCACUGAGCAGUCUUGGAUUUGGUUCACCGACCCCUAUCCAAGCUCUGACUUUGCCUUCUGCUAUCAGGGAUCGGAUGGAUAUACUGGGGGCAGCAGAGACAGGAAGCGGGAAGACAUUAGCGUUUGGAAUUCCAAUCAUUCACACCGUCCUGCAAUGGAGGAACGGUGAAGAUACGCCUGUGGAUGACAACGCUGAAGCACCUGGGGUGGAGAGUUUAUAUUUACCAGCUUUAGAGGACAAUCGCAAAGAAGACAAAGACGAAGAAGAAGAUGAGGGAGAAGAAGAAGAGGGAGAAGAGGAGGAGAAAGAAGAAAUGGAGGCUGAGGAAGAAGAGAGUGAAAGCAUCACAGAGCAGGACCAUGGUGACACGGAAGAACAUGACAGUGAAGAUGAAAAUGACAGUGGAGAAGAAGGAGAUGAUGGAGAUGAUGUGAAACUCAAAUGUGUUCACGUAAAACACUCUGAUGGUGAUGUUGACCCUGCUGCUGUAGCAGGAGAAAAGGGAUCUGGUGAGCGGGGUCAGCCUCUGCUUGGAUUAGUGCUCACUCCGACCAGAGAGCUGGCUGUUCAGGUUAAACACCACAUUGAUGCUGUGGCAAAAUUCACAGACAUCAAAACAGCAAUCGUGGUGGGUGGAAUGGCUCAAGAGAAACAAAGGCGGAUGCUGAAGCGGAAACCAGAGAUCGUUAUUGCGACUCCAGGACGUCUUGUGGACUUGAUCAAGGAGGGACAUCCACAUCUGCAGAACCUGAGACAGCUCAGGUGUCUGGUCAUAGAUGAAGCAGACCGCAUGGUGGAGAGAGGCCACUUCGCAGAGCUGGACAGUCUCCUGGAGAUGCUAAACACCGUUCACUUUAAUCCAACGAGACAAACAUUUGUGUUCUCUGCCACUCUGACGAUGGCUCACACCCUGCCGACGCGCAUCAUGCAGAAGAAAAGGAAGAGAGUGGGACAAGAGGAGCAACUGGAAAUUCUCAUGGAGAGAGUGGGGAUCAGGUCCAAACCCAAAAGUGACCUGACCAGGAAGGAAGCGACCGUGGAGACCCUGAACGAGACCCGAAUCCACUGCCAGAAAGAUGAAAAGGACUUCUACCUGUAUUACUUUCUGCUGCAGUAUCCCGGCCGCACCAUGGUGUUCGCUAACAGUAUAGACUGUAUCAAGAGGCUGAACUCCCUGGUUAUUUUGGACUGUAAUCCUCUGCCUCUUCAUGCCAACAUGCACCAGAAACAACGCCAAAACAUGGAGAGGUUUGCUGAGAGGGACAGUUGCAUUUUGCUGACUACUGAUGUGGCCGCUAGAGGACUGGAUAUCCCGAACGUUCAGCAUGUUAUUCACUACCAGGUUCCCAGAACGUCUGAGACCUACGUCCAUCGGAGCGGCAGAACAGCAAGGGCCACCAAAGAGGGUCUCAGUUUGCUGCUCAUCGGCCCAGACGACAUGAUGAACUUCAAAAAGAUUUACAAGACUCUCGGGAAGGACGAGGAGCUCCCCUUAUUCCCUGUAGAGACCACAUGCAUGGAGGCAAUCAAGGAGCGGGUCAACUUGGCCAGACAGAUAGAAAAGAUCGAGUUCCACAACAGCAGAGAAAAGCACCACAACUCCUGGUUCAGGCAGGCAGCAGAAGCCCUGGAGGUGGACCUGGAUGACGAUCUUUUAAUCGGCAAAGGGAAGAAUGAGGACACUGACAGGGAGCAGCAGAGAAUGGUGAAGGGGAUGAAGAAGCAUUUGAAGCAUUUGAUCUCUCAGCCAGUGUUCAAGAAUUUGAUAAAGACCAGGUACCCGACCCAGAUGGGGAAGCUCUCCCUGCCUCACCUGCCGCGAGCAGGGAAGGAAAGUGCACUCACCAUGGUAUCAUUACAGGAGAGCGAACAGAAGUUGAAGAGAGGCGCUCGACAGAAGCAGAAAAAACAAAAGAAAGAAGAGCAGCAGUGACAUGUUAAUAAACGUGGUUCAGAGAUCAUAUUGAUGGAA